GUACUAUAUACUGAUUACGUUUUUACUCUAUUUUUAGCUGCCGUCUUUCCACAGAGUAAUCAGGAAUCAAAUAAGAAGUUACGAUUUGACUUGGAUGAAUCAAGAUUUAUGGCUCCAGGUAAUCCGUUUGAGGACGAUAGCAGCAGUAGUGAAAGCUUUAUACCAACGACUUUGGAAGACUCCACAGGAGAGUACUCAGUUAUUAUUGAUCGUCCCCAACGGAUUGUACGUCUUGUUGGACCAGGCCAAGAGUCAUCAUCUCUUACGCUUGAUCACUGGUGUUUUGGCGAUCAAGAUGUUUCCCAGAAGUUGAUGCAAAACCGAGCAUCGUUAGUAAAAUGUCAUGAAGAUUUGCAGGCGGCAAUUAAAUUUUAUUUUCACGCAGGAUGUAAUACUCGACAUCACCGAAGCAAAAGAACUCGCCCCAACCACCUGCUGCCAACCCAUCCGCUCAUCGUCCAUAGCUCUCGCUAUAUCAGAGCUGGCUUUCACAGCAGCCAACGAUGGAUACCUCGCGACGGUGAGCGAAUGGAGAAAGAUCCGAGAAUCGAUAGAAGUAGAGAGUGAGCAUGGAGAAAAAUGGGAGGUACUUCAAAAGAUGUUGGACCACAUGUUUAUUACAGCGACCUUGUGGAGUCCUCUUAAAUACACAAGCAAGCGAAAAGGAAACGAGGAUAGCUUCUACACCAACAUUGUUCGCCCUUUUUUGACAUGUGCCUUUGGUCAGCUUCCUGAUGUCAAGUUGAGGGGUAACGGCGACCGCUUCACCUGCGGAUAUGAGCUAGAUAAGGAGCUCUUAUUCCCUGACUUCGCGGUCACAAUGGAGUGCUACAGGAAGGCCCUCGGAGAACAUUACCUUGCAAUCGCCGAGGUUAAACCUCCAAGCGCUUCCCAGGAUGAGCUUGAUGACGACUUCAUCAAACUACCAAACUUGAUGAAAUCAGCACUCGAUCAUCAAAUCGCACAAGGCUAUGGAGAUGGCACAGUGGUUGGGCUGUUGGUACAAGGGUGGAAAGUCCUUGUAUUCUACAUGGCACUCGAGCACGAAGCUGUGUAUGAGUUGAGGAACGUCGGUCAGUUUCACUUGAUUGCAGACCACACCCAGAUGGCACAAGUUCUUUCAAUCUGUUCAGUAUUUGUGAAGGCCAAGGAGUUGGUUGAAGAAACAAGAAAAACACUGCGCCGACGACCAACCUCAAAUCCAUCACCCAAAGGUCAGUUCUGUCGUCCCUCCUAUCAUAUCGCCCCUAUAAUGAUCCAUCCCAAUAAUAGCGACGAUACAAGCUAAAGCUGAGGUGACGUAAGGAGCAUCUAAUCAAGAGUAGGAAGAUGGAUUUAAAUGAAAUGGGUCUGUUAGGAAUUAAGCAUUAUCUUUAAGGAUGCUUUGUAGUCACAAUUCAUUUGAUCUUCGGUUUUUUCAUUUCUAUACCCUUUAUUUCUGGCGUUCUAUUAACACUCUUAUCCAAUACUGAAUAAUACUUAGUUGUUUGAUGGCCUUUAAUUGUUUUUAUUUUUCAUAGUGUAUUAUAUCCUUGUGCUUUAUUUUGUACUUUUUUUUGGUUUUAUUUUUAUUUUGGCUUUGCAGAAGUAAAAAAUAGUGCCUCAAUUUAGAACAAAAAAGCAUUAUUAAAUUUUCUGACGUG